AUGGCACAAAGAGGCGCCUCAGAUGAUAAUGGAUAUCAAAAUGACAGAAAUGGUAGUUUUCAGGGACUUAACGGACUAUUAGAGGAUGAUAAGUCCAUGGUUUUAGGACAAAUAAAUGAGAUGCAUAAUCAUAAAGGAAGGAAUCGAAAGCAAGAAAAAGAUAAUACGGUUCUAGCUAUUCAGACGUAUAUCUCUCCUGAAGGACAGAGUCCAUUUCAACAUGGUACUAAUACGGACAAAGUUGUACAAGAUUUGGAUAAACCCGUUGGACCACGCAGUGUAUCGAAGGAGAAGAAUAGACACGUGCUAUCAAUUCAAACUUACACUUCUCCUGAAAGCGAACAACAGCAUCAACAUGGUAUCAUAACGCAUACUGCUGUAUCUGAAUUAGAUAACACUGGUUCAUCAAAUAGCAAAUCAAAACACAAGCAUUUCAAAAGUCACAAAGAUCGAGUUUCAAGUCCAAAUGGGAAAGAAAGCUCUGUUGUAGCUGUUCAAACCAUAACAUCUCCGGACGGCCAACCGCCCUUUUUCAAGGGUAAAAUUACAAAUACGGUUCGAACUGGAUUAGAUAAAUCAGAAGAACACCAUCAAGCCAAUAACCAGCAGUUAACCAUAGAUCACUCCAAAUGCAAUAAAGAUUACUCGGACGGACAAGUAUUAGCAAUCCAGACCAUAAUCUCUCCGGAAGGGCAAACGCCAUUCCAACACAGUAGAAUCACGAAUAGUGUUGUAUCUGAAUUGGACAACUCUGGAGCACAUCGUGAGAACUCAAACAGCAUAUCAAAAAAUCAGCAUUCCAAAAGCAGUAAAGAUCGAGUAUCAAGUCCGAAUGGGAAAGAAGACCCCGUUGUGGUUGUUCAAACGAUAACAUCUCCGGACGGUCAACCACCAUUUUUCAAAAGUAAAAUUACUAAUACUGUCUUAACAGAGUUCCAAAAGUUGCGGAACCAAAAGUUCUGUAUUAAUGAUGUACUAGCCACGUUUCACCCAUGGUUCACUUCUUGGUACAGCUUUCAUUCAGUAGCCCAAUCAGGACCAGGAAUGUAUUCCGUGUAA